AGGGUUCUUGCCCUUUUGCUUCUUUGACAAAUUCUGUUCCUUUCUUUCGUAUUCUCACGGACGAACAAACCCCAAGAACGAGAGCUCAUGAUUGAGAUUGUGGCCUUUGAGUAAAUGAUUCACUGCUCAGCUAGAGACAAUUGUGUUGGUAACCCAUAAAUUGCAGGAGCAAAAACUCUGAUUUUGGAGCAUCGUUUGUGUUCUCUUCCCAUAUUGUUAAACAAUUUCGUUUGGUUGGAAACAGAUUCAAGAAACUUGCUUCUGGUGGUUAAAGUCUCUCUGCUCAACCUAAGAGAUGAAAAUAGUGAAGGCAAAUGCAGGAGCACUUACCAAUUUCGAAGUGCUUGACUUCUUAAACUCAAGAGGUGCAUCAAAAGAUACUACAAGAGUUAUUGCUCCAAUUGCUAGAUCAGAAUACAAGGUUUAUGAUUAUUUGGUGGAGACUGCUGCUUCCACUCAAACACGAGAGAGCGUUACCAAAUUCGCAGACAAGUGCAAAGAUUUCAAAGUCGCCAAAGCUGAGAUUCUCAAUAUCAUCAAUCUCCGGCCUUCCUCUAUUGUCGAACUGUUACCGAUCAUAGAGACACCGGAUGAUCGAGAAAUCGACACAGAUGGGAUAUUAGAGCUUGUGAAGGAUUUGCUACCGCUUCUGCCAACAACUGAAACUCAUAAAGAUAAUGACAAAGAAGAAACUGACAACGUUGAACAGUCGUGACUUGCAAAUGAAGUUUUGAGUUUGUUAUCUUUUAACUAUAAGAAUUUUUUUAUUUUUUAUUUUGUAACAUCGACUUAACGUUUAUAUAUCAACUAUAUGGAGUUGCAAGAUCCA